CGUAGGCGCUUGUGACUCUUGCGUAGACGGGGUGGAAAACGCCGUCUGUCAACGGGAAGAGGCACGGGAUUUCGUCGAAAUCUCGUCGUAUUAUGUGACAGAGACCUCGGCCCUUGUCCCGUGAAUUGUCCUACGUCGUCGUUAAAUUCGGCGGAACUUCCAAGAUGAACGACGAGAAUGUGUUGCACGUAGAAGUGUGUCAACAUGCCAGCAGCAUUUUGCCAAAAGCCGCAAUUCAAGAAGCGUUAAAUGUAGAAUUGCAAUUGUUGCAAGACAUUCCUCUCGAUGUCGUUCUGCACGGUAAAAAUUUUACGAAUACAGUUGUAAAGGAUCACGUCGAGUCUGUGAUAUGCUCGUCCGACUACGUAGAGAGGGGAACGAUCAAAAUUUAUGGGAUCGCCAUUAAAUAUUAUAUCUACAGACUGACGCAGGAGGAUGCUGCCAUAGAAACAAUAAACUGCGACUCUGAUGAACUGCCAGUCGCAUCUCACUGGUUGUUGCCCGCACAGGAAUUUCACUACAUGUGGGAAAAUCUGUAUUAUGAUUGUGACAUAAAGAAUAACUUAUUACGUUUCGUGGAGACUACAAUGUUAUUUUCCGAGCACGCUGUUAAUUCUAACGUUAUAAGCUGGAACAAAGUCGUGUUGCUGCACGGCCCCCCAGGUACAGGCAAAACCAGUAUGUGCAAAGCCCUUGCUCAGAAAGCUGUCAUUCGUAUGGGAGAUCGUUUUACUCAUGGGAAGUUUAUAGAAAUUAACAGCCACAGCUUGUUUUCAAAAUGGUUUUCGGAGAGUGGGAAACUUGUCAUGAAGUUGUUCGACGAAAUAAAGAAUUUGGUACAAGACGAAAUGGCCCUGAUAUGCAUUUUGAUCGAUGAGGUAGAGUCGUUAGCUCACGCACGUAAAUUAUGCAGCAACGGUACCGAACCGUCUGACUCCAUACGCGUUGUGAACGCACUGCUCACGCAGUUAGAUCAGAUCAAACGGUAUCCGAACGUUUUAAUUUUAACGACGAGCAAUAUGACGGAAGCCAUAGAUGUUGCGUUUGUCGAUCGAGCGGACAUAAAGCAGUAUCUCGGAUACCCAUCCGAAGUUGCUAUUUACAAUAUUUAUCAUUCGUGCUUGAAGGAAUUGAUGAGGACUGGAAUUUUGGAUGAUGAAGAGAUACACGACAUAUCGCAGUUAAAGCUACUUGGAUACGCAGAAUAUGAAGACACUAAGAAUAGUCUAAAGCUGUUGGAACUUAGCCGUGAGAGCGAAGGUUUAACCGGUCGUACUUUAAGAAAAAUACCAUUUUUGGCGCACGCACUUCAUACAUCCACGAAGAAAUCUACACUACCGAAAUUUCUGAAAGCCAUGCAUUCGGCUAUUCUGAAACAGGAUCAACAAAACGGCGAUUUGCAGCAACCAUGAACAAAGAAAUGGUUUUCUUACUCUAUAUAUUAUUUUAUUAUACAUAUAUGCUAUUGUAGGGGUGAUUCAGGUCCUUCGCGAAAGACUCUGAGGAACAAUAGAUUUCGCAGAGAGCAUCAUUUUCUGUAACGUUCUCUCAUGCGCCGUUUAAGAACUACGCGAGCUCGCGGACGUGCUGCGUUACGAAUGCAAAUCAAGUUCAGGGUAGUCUCUUUCAAUACCUUUCAUGAACUGUCUGCAAGUGUAUUUGAAACAAGUAAAUACACAAUUGUAAUAGACAUCACCUAAGACCUGUCUGCGCGAUCACGUAGCUGCUAAACGACGCGUCAAAAAAUUGCGUUGCUUCACAAAAAAUGAUCUCUGCAAGAUCUAUGGUUCCUUAGAGUUUGUUGCAGAGUUCCUGAAUCACCCUGUACAUAUAAUAUUAUUUAAUAAUACAUUUUUUCUAAUUUAUUUUCGUAUAAUAAAUGAUUGUCGCAAAA